GUUCUUAGAACCGGGAGUCCCGAGUUGGAGGUGAAGGAGGCUUAGAGGAAGUUGGGUUUUUCUCCAGGACUUCCUAUUUCCUCCUACAAGUGGACAUACCGAAUGCUCAAGGACAGGAAGUGGCCAAACAUCUUAGAAGAUGCUUUUCAUUUUCCCAAACUUGUAAGAAACAGAGACGGUCACGAGAUAUUGGAUUUAUUUGCCCCAGACACUGACGCUGGGUGAAUGAGAGGGGUGAGACAAAUGCUUGCAAGGAACAGUGGACAAGUUGGCGAACGAACAACUGUGAAGCAAGCAGAAACCCCUUGACUGAUUGAGACGCUGGACACUGAGAAGUUCGAAGGGGGGGACCAUGAACUCUAGCCUGGCUCUGGGACUCAUGGACGGGGAUCCUGGCCACAAUGCCUCCCAUGUGGAGCCACUGCUCUGCCUGAUCCGGGAGUCCGGCCUCCGCUGCCGCCCGGCACGACUGUCCGCACGCACCGCCAACAUAAUCUUCAUCGCCAUGAUCUUUUCCAUGGUGUUGAACUUCUUGGGGAACAUGACCAUCAUCACGGCCAUCUCCUACUUCAAGCAGCUGCAGGUGUUGCCCAACACCUUCACCUUCUCCCUCGCAGUGGCCGACAUCAUGGUGGGCGUGGUGGUGAUGCCCUUCUACAUGACACAGUGCGUCUACGACUGCUGGUUCUACAGCCACGCGUUCUGCAAGGUGCACCACUUCCUUGACGCCUUCAUCUCCACCGCCUCCACCAUGCACCUUUGCUGCAUCGCCUACGACCGCUACCUGGCCAUUUGCGACCCAAUGCACUAUCGAGAGCGCUUCACCUGGAAGACAGCAGCCCUGCUUCUUGCCGCCGCAUGGCUCGGGUCGCUGCUCUAUGUGGUGCCCGUGAUGCUGGGAUGGAUUGUCAUUGGCAUCGAGGACAUGAUGGCGAGCCGCACCUGUCCAGACAACUGUGUCUUCUACAUGAACAAGGUGUUCUCGAGCUGUGGGGCCUUCUUCAGCUUCGUCGUGCCCAUGACGAUAAUGACCCUUGCCUACGUGAAGAUUUACCGCGUGGCACGCAAGCAGGCCCGCUCCAUCAGCGUUCAGCAACAAGGGAGUCAGGGCAAGUCGGGGUUCAACAAGCAGCAGUGGGCGGCCAUGAAACGAGAGCACAAUGCCACCAAGACCGUGUCCAUCAUCCUGGGCGUCUUCAUGUUCUGCUGGGCGCCAUUUUUUUCCACCAUCGUCAAUGAUCCCUGGAUCGAUUUUAAAACAAAUUCCAUCUUCUGGGACAUCGUGAACUGGUUCGGGCACGUUAAUUCAGCCAUCAACCCUUACCUAUAUGGGGGCUUCAACCGCACGUUUCGUAACGCCAUCCGCAUCAUGUUUAGCCGCAAGUUUUGGCAGCCUGGGAGCCGCUCAGCCGAGCUGUGAGAGUCCAAUGAGGCCCAAAAUUCGAUUUAUAGGUCAUAAUUUAACAUUAAAUUGAGUUUAUGUGUGUAAUGUGUUUGAUGGUUUCUCAGUUCCAUUAUUAGUUAUUCAACCGGGGCGCGGGGUGAGGGGGAGAUAGAGAACACGUGGGUGUCUUGUAAAAUUUUAUACUUUGGGCAUGUGCUUACUUACCAUUGGUUGACACUGCCUGCCAUAUUUUUUGCACGAGGAUACAUUUUGGAUGAAAGAGGCCAAAGGGGUCUCUCAUAAAUUUGGUUGCUUUACGCCCAAUUCUACUGUCGCGGAUACUCUCCUCACAAACACGCCGUGACAGGUCAGGGUUCAAAUCCGUUUAUUCCACCUCUGUAAAACACAGCUACUUCCUUCAUCCACAGCUCUCUCCUCACAUCCCUCUUCCGACGUGCCUUCUUAUCCCCACAGGUCCCUCUCCCAUUCCCUGCCCCUCCCCUCAUUACUGUCACCUAAUUGCCA